GGGGCCGGUCUAACCAUGGAGGAGGGCGGGGAAAAGGAGGAGUUCUGCUUCACAGCGAUCUAUAUAAGUGGCCGGUGGCCGGAUCCGUGCGUUUGUUCUGACCUUCAGAGAGUUGAUCCUUGUGCAAUGGCGCCUUCCAGGAAGUUCUUCGUCGGGGGCAACUGGAAGAUGAACGGGAGGAAGAAAUGCCUGGGAGAACUCAUCUGCACUCUGAACGCAGCCAAGCUGCCGGCAGACACCGAGGUGGUUUGUGCACCGCCAACCGCCUACAUCGACUUCGUCAGGCAGAAGCUGGAUCCCAAAAUUGCUGUGGCUGCACAGAACUGCUACAAAGUGCCCAAUGGGGCCUUCACUGGGGAAAUCAGUCCUGGCAUGAUCAAAGACUUAGGAGCUACCUGGGUGGUGCUGGGACACUCUGAAAGAAGACACAUCUUUGGGGAAUCAGACGAGUUGAUUGGGCAGAAAGUGAACCAUGCCCAAUCCGAGGGACUCGGAGUGAUCGCCUGCAUUGGGGAGAAGUUAGACGAAAGGGAAGCUGGCAUCACUGAGAAGGUUGUUUUUGAGCAAACCAAGGCCAUCGCAGAUAAUGUGAAGGACUGGUGCAAGGUGGUCCUGGCCUAUGAACCGGUAUGGGCCAUUGGGACUGGCAAGACUGCAACCCCUCAACAGGCCCAGGAAGUACACGAGAAGCUCCGGGGAUGGCUGAAAUGCAACAUCUGUGAGGGGGUGGCUCAAUGCACUCGGAUCAUUUAUGGAGGUUCUGUGACUGGAGCGAAUUGCAAAGAGCUGGCAUGCCAGCCUGAUGUGGAUGGCUUCCUCGUGGGCGGUGCAUCUCUCAAGCCUGAAUUCGUGGACAUCAUCAAUGCCAAACAAUGAUCACUGCUCAUCCCCCUACCUUCCUGCGUAGCCUGGACCAGGUUGCCCAGAAGUUUAGUAACUGCUCCCGCCAGUCACAUGCUUCUGAUAACAUCAUCAACUCCAUCUUGUGACCUAAUCCAUACUGUACCUUCCUGAGCCUCUUACCUCCCCAUAAUAGUUGGGACCAGGCCAAUCCCUUUACCACUUACAAUGGGUAAAAUCAAAUAUGUCACCAAGAUGGCUUCCUGAGGAGGGGAAGGAGUAGAACUGGCUGUCCCUUUGGGCCCUAAUGGGUGAAAACGGCCUUCCAUUGGUUUGGGAUGGAAACUCACAGCUGGACCACAGGAAGUAGGCUUCUUGUCACUUUGGCCUGUCACUUAGAUGGCCUUGGCUCUAGCUUCACUCCCAAGCCCUACUGGAUGUGUGAUGCAGAGAUUCAGAGUCUUCGGGUCUGAAUUUCAGUGUACUUUAAGGCCAAGAUCCUCUUAACUCUUAGAGGCCUGGGAUAUCCCCUCCCCCGCAGUGCCGAAGCCCUUGUAUUGUGUUUGUGAACCAUCCUACGUAUAAGGGAAAUAAACACCUGGGCCUAA